AACUUUUCGCACUUUCCAUUAGGGAACAAGUAUGUGCUGCAAGAGCAGCGAGUUAUUUGCGUUUGUUGGUGGUGGCUUUCAGGCAGUAUUUUGCGAGCGCUCAAAUCUAUUUGUAACGCCUCGGUGUGACGGUAGUGUGAACAGCGGCAGGGAGCGGACGUGACUGCUGCUUCGUGUGUUACUCGUACUUCUACUGUCGGGUGCGCGGUCCAUGUCGCAGCUUCCCGCGUUGAGUGCCGACACUGGUCCUCUGCGGGUCACCGUCCACUACCACCACCACCCAGCCCUAGGGUCCAUCACUGGCAGUAACCGCGCGACGCCGUCUGGGCUGCGUCGGUACGCGAGAAGCUACACCGACCAUGUCGUGACGGCAGUAUCAACGACGCCAUCCGUCGGGGUGGUGGAAGGACGCGGAGUCCGACGCGUGAGGUUCGAGUUACCGCCAAAGCCACCGCCACCGUCUGUUCUGCACAGUGGCGCUACAAGCGGAAAGUCAGCACAACAGAAACAAGUAGCGGGAGUCGAAAGUUGGCUGCGAAGUCGAGCGAAUGUCGCAACGUUCUUCGGCGGCAGUUUGUCCCACGAGCGUCAGUUGAUUCACUGCGCUGGAAGUGGGCAGAUAUUAACUGGAGGGAGUCGGGCGGUCGUCGCUACAACGGCAGUCUCUGCUCCAAGAAUUCACGACACCGAACGAUACCGGAGGGGCACCCUGCCACCUACCUUGCCUCCAGCCGCUGCCUGCCCCGGGACCGAUUACUCCCCGGAGGCGGUCGCACUUCUGAAGGCAGCGCGUGAUGGAGACGAAGCAGCACUCAGUUUCACUAUACGGCAGGCCGAAUGUACCGAAAUGCCGGCCGAGGAACUCAACUGUCAGGACGGCAGCGGGCGGACUCCUGUGAGCUACAUCGUGUCCAAUGGCUUGCUGUCGAUGCUAGAAGCCAUCACAGAGCUACCGGGCGUGGAUAUCAACAAGCCAGACAAUGAAGGCAACACGCCCCUCCAUUUCGCGGCUCAGGCCGGGCAUGUGGAAGUAUUGAACUUCAUGCUGAACAAGUGCACUGUGGAAGUGGAUGCAAGGAAUGCCAUGGGCUUCACUCCACUCAUGAAGGCAGCUCUACAGGGCCGCACCAAGUGUGCCAAACUCCUGUUGUUUGCUGGUGCCUCCCCCACGUUACGAGAUACAGGUCGUGGGUUACGGGCCGAACAAUGGGCUCGGUUCUGUGGACGAUAUGUGUGUGCUGAAGUCAUUGAGAAAUUUGCCCGUCAUCGUCUGCUGGAGAGGACAACAGCUUAUGGUCGGUGGGGUAGUGAACCAGAGCUUGGAACACAGGCUAUUAUAGGAACAGGAAAACUUCAAAUUAGCAGUGGGCAGAACUCAUCACAGUCUACUGGUCUGAAGUCCCGACUACAGCGUGCAUUUCGCACAAAUAGCUCAGGGUCUCAGUCCUCUUCCAACCGCUAUUCCCUUGUCACACAGCUCACCACAGCAGCUCUCUGUGCCAGCUCACCAGUCCUUCCUACCCCUAAUGUCCCUCCUGUUAUCAGGUCUCUCAUGAGACCAUUAACAGUCCCUAAAUUGCAGGUGACCCCUGCAGCAUCAGGAGAAACAAGUGACUCUUGCAUUGAAUAUCACCACACAAAGGACAGGCCACCAACUGCCAGACCAUCAGGAACACGUUCGAAGAACAAGAAAUAACAUUUACUGCAACUCCCACGGUAUUCUAAGUUGAAGAGAUGCUUUUCUUUGUACAGUAAUGAAGUUGUUUUCUAAAGAGAAUUCACCUCUCUGGACAAAUAAAAUGAGCAAUGGAAGUUAUUCAGAGUGACAGUUGAGACACAAGGUUUAGCGCAGAGUUGCUGUCAGUGAUGAAUGAUACGUUACUUGUCCUACCAAUAGGCCUUUGAAUGCAGGACUUCAGUAUUAGAAAGCAAAUUUGUCAUUGUCAGAUCUUCGGUUUCUGAGGUGAAGCAAAUAUCUCUGCCAUAUUUCUGUAAUUCAGCAUUUGUAUUCCAAUUGAAUUUCUUGUUUCUAUUGUACUUUGAACUUAAAUAUUUAGUAUUUCUAAAAUAUACUUCUACUUUGAAUAUAAAUCAAAAGUCAUGGGCAUCAAAAUCACAGUUUUAACAUUGUACUCGAAUUCAAAUUUUUAUUGACAUUUCUGUAUGACCAUCAUUAGCAGUCUAUACUCAGUUUCAGUGUAUAUUUGACAAGCAGGUUAUCACCUGAAACAGAGACAUUUGUUGUACUAUGUGUGAAAGAAUGUUGAAAUGAGGAUCAAGGAAGUGAAAGAAGCUAUUAUAGAUCUUAGAAGCCUGCUCAUAUGAGAUAAUUAGAAUAUUACUGCCACUGAAAGUCAGGAUCACAAGAUUUAUAUAUACUGAGCAGAUUGGUAUAGCUGUAAUGCUCUAGACUUGUAUUCAGGAAGUGCUCAGUUUGAAUCUCAGUACAGUCACCAAUUUUACUUACUGAGGAUUUUCAUGGUUUUCCUUAAUUCCUCCAGAAGGGUUGGUACCUCAGACCAUGGCCACUUUCUACCUAAUCCUUUCCAAUUCAUUAGUCAUCCUAUCAUUUGACUCUAUGCUAUAGAUACAGACAACAUAACUGAAAAAAAACCACUCUUCCAUUCUUUUCACAGUUCUUGCAUAGAAGUCUGUAUCUGAGCAGGCAGUUUUGUGGCUGGUAAA